AGAAUUAAUUAGAUAGUAGAUAGUAGAUACUAGAUAGCAGACUAAACUACUAAAGUGUGAACUUUAGAGACGUAGAGUGCGGGCUGUGCAGCCGCUCCCUCAGGGAUUUUAUCGAUUAUUGUUCCAAAAAAACACGUACGGCUGCUACUCAUCGCUGGCCAUAGCAACUAUGUCUCUGCCAUUUUCCGGAUCGAAAUCAAAGUCGGCGGGCUUAGUGAGUGCAAUUAGAAAACAGACGUUGCUGUUAAACCUCAAGCCCGUAAAAAAAGUGUCUGUCAAGUUCGAUCCUUUUAGCCAAAAUGCUGCUACGGCCAGAAAUUUCAUGUACUAUUUACUAUCACCCAAAGUAUUAAAAACAAAUCCUCUUUGUUUGGUAAGAAACGAAGUUGUUAACGAUAGAAGUGAAUCAACAGUUGAUGUAUCUUUAGUGAAUGGUGAAUCAGUGUUAUUUAAAUGUGAAAACUUGACUGUCUUGGAAAUAUUUCAACAGUUUAACAAACAUAUAACUCCUUUAGCACCCAAAGAAGAACUGACUGAAACUCUAGUGACAAAGACUGAUAAGAAAAAAGGAGGAAAACGGUAAAAAUGGCCAAAAAAGAA